UGAACUGAUGGGACAGGAAGGCUCCCUUCCUGCCUAUGUCCUGGAUGGCCAGGGCCUCCCGCCUGGGACCUGCACUGAGCCUCAAGCCACAGUGAGGAAGGACCUCUGGGCCUGGAGAGCCGAGGGCAUGCUGGGACAAAGGCAGGCCUAAGAGCCUCUGCUCAGGCUACCUGUGCUCAGAGUUGCCAGGCUGAACCCGGGAGCGUCAGGCCUCAGGCCAAGGCCAAGCACUGGAGCAGCUGCUCCCCGAGCUCACGGGGCUGCUCAGCCUCCUGGACCACGAGUACCUCAGCGACACGACCCUGGAGAAGAAGAUGGCUGUGGCCUCCAUCCUGCAGAGCCUGCAGCCCCUCCCAGACAAAGAAGUCUCCUACCUGUAUGUGAACACAGCGGACCUCCACUCCGGGCCGAGCUUCGUGGAGUCCCUCUUUGAAGAGUUCGACUGUGACCUGAGCGACCUCCGGGAUAUGCCAGAGGAUGACGGAGAGCACUGCAAAGGAGCCAGCCCUGAGCCAGCCAAGAGCCCAUCUCUGAGACACGCAGCAGACCUGCCUCCACCGCUUCCCCAAAGGCCCCCGCCAGAGGACUACUAUGAGGAGGCCCUUCCCCUGGGACCGGGCAAGUCCCCUGAGUACAUCAGCUCCCACAGUGCCGCUCCUUCUGCCAACCCCACAGAUGGCUGCAGCCCAGCCCACUCCAUCAUGGAUGGCUACUACGAGGAUGCGGACGGUAGCUACCCCGCAACCAGGAUGAAUGGGGAGCUAAAGAACUCCUACAAUGACUCUGACCCGAUGAGCAGCUCCUACGAGUCCUAUGAUGAGGAGGAGGAGGAAGGGAAAGGGGUGCAGCCCACGCACCAGUGGCCCUCAGAGGAGGCCUCCAUGCACCUGGUGAGAGACUGCAGGAUAUGUGCCUUCCUGCUGCGGAAAAAGCGCUUCGGGCAGUGGGCCAAGCAGCUGACCGUCAUCAAGGAGGACCAGCUCCUGUGUUACAAAAGCUCCAAGGACCGGCAGCCGCAUCUGAGGCUGGCGCUGGAUGUCUGCAGCGUCACCUACCUGCCCAAGGACAGCCGGCACAAAAGGCACGAGCUGCGCUUCUCCCAGGGGGCCACCGAGGUCUUGGUGCUGGCGCUACAGAGCCGGGAGCAAGCCGAGGAGUGGCUGAAGGUCAUCCGAGAGGUGAGCAGGCCUGCGGGGACGACAGAGGGGGCAGAUGUGCCCAGAUCCCCAGUCCUCUUGUGCAAGCUGGACCUAGACAAGAGACUGUCCCAAGAGAAGCAGACCUCAGACUCAGACAGCCUGGGCAUGGGUGACAGCUGUUCUACUCUAGGCCGCCGGGAGGCCUGUGACCACGGCAAAGGGAAGAAGAGCAGUCUGGCAGAGCUGAAGGGUUCAAUGAGCAGGGCUGCGGGCCGCAAGAUCACCCGCAUCAUCAGCUUCUCCAAGAAGAAGCCGCUGGCUGACGACCCCCAGACAUCCUGCCCCGACGAGGAGGUUCCGUGCUCUGGCUACCUGAACGUGUUGGUGAACCAGGGCUGGAAGGAACGCUGGUGCCGCCUGAAAUACAGCACUCUGUACUUCCACAAGGAUCACACAGACCUGCGGACCCAUGUGAAUGCCAUCGCUCUCCGAGGCUGUGAGGUGGCCCCGGGCUUCGGGCCCAGACAUCCAUUUGCCUUCAGGAUUCUUCGCAACCGGCAGGAGGUUGCCAUCUUGGAGGCCAACUGCUCAGAGGACAUGGGCCGCUGGCUUGGGCUGCUGCUGGUGGAGAUGGGCUCCAAAGUCACUCCCGAGGCGCUGCACUACGACUACGUGGACGUGGAGACCUUAACCAGCAUCGUCAGUGCAGGGCGCAACUCCUUCCUAUACGCAAGAUCCUGCCAGGAUCAAUGGCCUGAGCCCCGUGUGUACGACGAUGUUCCUUAUGAAAAGAUACAGGACGAGGAGCCCAAGCGUCCCGCGGGGGCCCAGGUGAAACGCCACGCCUCCUCCUGCAGUGAGAAGUCCCAUCGAGUGGAUCCGCAGGUCAAAGUCAAGCGCCACGCCUCCAGUGCCAAUCAGUACAAGUACGGCAAGAACCGAGCUGAGGAGGAUGCCCGGAGGUACCUGGUAGAAAAGGAGAAGCUGGAAAAGGAGAAGGAGACAAUCCGGACGGAGCUGAUGGCACUGAGGCAGGAGAAGAGGGAGCUGAAGGAAGCCCUUCGGAACAACCCAGGAGCGAAGUUAAAGGAUCUGGAGGAGGCCGUGGCUGCCCUGGAAGCUCAGUGUCGGGCAAAGGAGGAGCGCCGGAUCGACCUGGAGCUGCGGCUGGUGGCUGUGAAGGAGCGCUUGCAGCAGUCCCUGGCAGGCGGACCAGCCCUGGGGCUCUCCGUGAGCUGCAAGAACAAGAGUGGGGAAACUGCAAAUAAACCCCAGAACAAUGCCCCAGAGCAACCUGUCCCUGUCAACUGUAUUUCUGAGCUGAGGAAGAGAAGCCCAUCCAUCGUAACCUCCAGCCAAGGAAGGGUGCUACAGAAAGCCAAGGAAUGGGAAAUGAAGAAGACCUAGAAAAAGGAUGAAGAUUUCAUUCCAAAGGAAAUGCAAGAUUGUAUUGGAAACACUUUUUUCACAAGGAGACACCAGGACACUGGAAGUAGCUUCUCCAGGGCACCCUAAAGACCAGCCUGUAUUGUCUGCAUGAUUACGGGGACUAUGGGGCGGGAAGAAGGAGAAGGGGAGAGGGACAUGGAGGGCGUCCUUGUAACUUCCCAGAGGGUGGAAAACGGGGGUGGAGGGAGAUAGAAAUCUGCACGGUUGUAAAGGGCUUGUUAAAUGUCUUUGCCCUCACUUCUGAAGAAGAAAUGAAAGCACAUGUGAAUAAGCCA